UUAUUGUGAAAGGGAAAAGUUUUUCUUUCCUCUGUUACUGCAUGCCAAUUUUCUUCUUCCUUCAUAUUUGGAUCCUCUUCCUCCUAUAAAACACAGAUACUCUCUCUUUCCACUCUCUGAAUUUAUUUCCUUGAGUUUCUCUUCCAAAUUUCUACAGACUACCUCCUCCGUCCUCAUGGCCUGCUCAGCCAACGAGUUGGCCCAGUUUUUCGGCCCCAACAUCACCAACUCCACUGCCGCUGCCGACUUCAUCUGUUCCCGCUUCACCAUCUUUGAUAACAACUACACCGCCACCAAAUAUGCCAUUGACAGUACCUACCUCCUAUUCUCUGCCUAUCUUGUAUUCUCCAUGCAGUUAGGUUUCGCCAUGCUCUGUGCAGGCUCUGUUCGCGCCAAAAACACCAUGAACAUCAUGCUCACCAACGUUCUUGACGCUGCUGCUGGCGGCCUUUUCUAUUACCUCUUCGGUUUCGCUUUUGCCUUCGGCACCGGAGGCUCAGAGAAUGGCUUUAUUGGCAAGCACCAUUUCGGUCUCAAGACCAUCCCAUCCAAUGAUUUGGACUACAGCAACUUUCUUUACCAGUGGGCGUUUGCUAUAGCCGCAGCUGGGAUUACUAGCGGCUCCAUCGCGGAAAGAACCCAAUUUGUGGCUUAUUUAAUAUAUUCCUCCUUUUUAACUGGGUUUGUUUACCCGGUUGUUUCUCACUGGUUCUGGUCUACCGAAGGGUGGGCUUCUGCUUUGAAAACUCACAAUCCCUUGUUUAAUAGUGGAGUCAUCGAUUUCGCUGGAUCUGGGGUAGUGCAUAUGGUGGGUGGUAUUGCUGGGUUAUGGGGCGCUGUCAUUGAAGGCCCAAGAAUAGGCCGUUUUGACCAUUCCGGCAGGGCCAUUUCCUUGCGUGGACACAGCGCUUCUCUGGUGGUUCUCGGUACUUUCUUGCUCUGGUUUGGAUGGUAUGGGUUCAAUCCUGGGUCUUUCAACAAAAUCUUGGUGGUUUACACCGAUGGGAGCUAUAAUGGUCAAUGGAGUGCAGUUGGUCGAACCGCCGUUACCACCACCCUAGCAGGUUGCACUGCAGCUUUGACCACUCUUUUUGGGAAAAGAAUUUUAUCUGGCCAUUGGAAUGUAACAGAUGUUUGCAAUGGCUUGCUUGGUGGUUUCGCUGCCAUUACUGCUGGGUGCUCCGUUGUUGAUCCAUGGGCUGCAAUAAUCUGCGGGUUCGUUGCUGCUUUGGUAUUAAUUGGCUGCAACAAGUUAGCUGAGAAGUUAAAAUAUGAUGACCCACUAGAGGCUGCCCAGCUUCACGGUGGUUGUGGCGCUUGGGGAGUGAUCUUCACCGCUUUGUUUGCCAGAAAGAAGUAUGUGGAUCAGAUUUACAAGCCGGGUCGACCUUACGGGUUGUUCAUGGGUGGUGAUGGAAGGCUCUUGGCUGCUCAUCUCAUACAGAUUCUUGUUAUCACGGGGUGGGUCAGUGCCACGAUGGGUCCACUGUUUUAUAUUCUUCACAAGCUUAAGCUUUUAAGAAUCUCAGCUGAUGAUGAGAUGGCGGGUAUGGAUCUGACCCGGCAUGGUGGGUUCGCUUACAUUUACCAUGAUGAAGAUGAGUCCUCAAAGCCUGGAAUCAAGUUAAGGAACAUUGAACCCUCAGCCACAACUUCUAAUUCAUCGGACGUUUAGAACCUUUUUUUUUUUUUUGCAUUAUUAAAAAAUAUUAGGGUCUGGCGGAUGAGUGAGUGGUGCAUGUUGGGGAUAAUGAAUACUUGGACUAGAAUGGUUUGUUUUCAAUCCAUAAUUAUAUAAGUUGACAUGAAGAAUAUGAAAUUUUUGUUUCUGUAAUAUAUAAAUUGACACCUUAAAAUUUUAUUUUAAA